CCCUCUAGCGAGGGUUUCCAUGUCGUUCUUCACUCCGCCCGUCCUCGCGCCUUUGCCCCUCCGCGCCCCUCCGCAGGGCUGCUUGUCCCUUUGCUUUCCUGGUCGUCGUCGCUUCUGUCACAUAGCGGUGGAGUAGCAAGCAGAGGUAGAGGCAGAGCUAAGGGUAUGGCUGCGAUUGCUUCGAAGGUCCCUGUUGCCCACAGACUUUCCUUUUGCAGCGCUGCAGAUGGUGCCGAACUGUCAGGAACGUAAACACAUUUUUAAAGCGUGUUUUCUUCGUGAGUGCCUUGUUCUUUGCAUUUUUUUCCUAAAGCCUCUCAAUCGGUCCCUGAUGUUCUCGCCCUCCUCUCAGAACACGCCCUUUUCAUGGGAUACUAACUCUUUAAAACGGAUGUAAUCAGUACACGGGUAAUGGAAUCGCAAGCAUUUAGCGUUAGCAUUAGCAUUUAGCGUUUAACAUUAGCAUGACCCUAGAUGACCCUCUGGUGUGUCUUCGUCCGUCCGAAGUAGAGUGCGAGCAUUUGUUGGUGAGGAAGACCUUGGUGAGGAGGAAGAGCAUGUUCACAGAGAGACUGUCUGUCCCUUCCUGGCAGAACGAUGUGACCCUUCAUUCCCAGAGAGCAGGAGGUUUCUUUGCUGAUGCAGGCACAGGCUGCCGCCGUGGUGCACGCCAGGGCACAGGUGUCCGUGUUGCAGCCAAAUCUGGCCUUGGCUAAGGAGGGAAACAGGGACUGGGUUGAUUUGACUUUCUUUCCAGGGGCUGAGGACCACCGUCCUCCGGGGGAGGCGCUAGGAAAAGGAGUGAUGCUUGUGGUGUGUUCUGAGCCUGACCAUUGCUCUUGCCUCAGUGGUGGGGAAACGAGGCAAGAAGAGCCUUUGUGUGGAAAAUGACUUUCCUCGUUGUGUCUAGGAUCCACAGAGAAGAGCCAUGAGCUGCAGGAGGGAGGACGCUGGCCACAGAGCUAGCGUAGCACUGUGAUCAAUCCUGACUGUAUGACUGCAUGGAAGAGAAGUGAGAGGUUCAGGCAUGGCAUGGUGGGAAGUAGAGCCACCUGGGCCUUUACCUGUUUUGGCCGUGACUUCCACUUCUCAUUGUGUCCCAAUGUUCGGCACGUUAAGUGUUAAUCAGUGGGUAGUGACAGAAGGGUGAGCGUGAUUUAUCAGAAUGCAGUGUGUGUUUUCCAAAGCGGAGGUACUGCCACCUCGUUCAGGAGACCGUUCCUAGAGUGUGUGCCUAAGUAUUGCUGGUUCCCUCCUGGAAUUUCCUGCUUGUCUGGGAGAAUAGUUGCAGCUGCAGAUGGAGCAACACAGGCACCACUUGACCUAGGCAGGGAAUCUCUGUUGUGCUCUUCCCAGGGUACUCCACUGUCUUGAAAGGGGAGAAAAACCACUGUAUGUUCAUAGACGGCAGCCUAUCCUUAGGCCUUGAAAGUAUGGGUGAAGUGUGAGAAAGCAGGCUGGAGUAUGGUUCCCAAUGGUGCGUGGAGCCCUUGAUGUCAGUACAAUGAUGUCAGAAUGCGGUGCAUGUUUUCCAAAUUGGAUGUACUGCCACCUCGUGCUGGAGACCGUUCCUAUAGUGUGUGCCUUAGUAUAGCUGGUUGCCUCCUGGAAUUCCCUGCUUUGGGAGAAGAGUUGCAGCAGAUGGAGUAAGAGGCUGGAGCAGCGAAAUGGCUGCUUGCUGAGUUCCAGGUUGUGAAAUCUGGGUGCAUACAACACAGGCACCACUUGACCUAGGCAGGGAAUCACUGUUGUGCGUGGAGCCCUUGAUGUCAUUACGAGAUGAUAGAAUGCUUUCUUAGUUCUUAGGGGAACUGAAAAACUUUCGUGUCAAGUCGAUAUCACUGUCUCACUGGGCCUCAGAGGUCAGAGGCAAUGCAGUUCAAUGAACGCUGCCCCAGCCUAGAACUGUGCUCUAUAAAAAUAUAUAUACCUGUUUUUUAUGGAAGAUGUGUGUUUUUCAUCUCUUUAAGCCUUCGUAGAGUAUGAAUCCAGUGAUGGCUGUGCCUGUUCCCAGAGGUGGCCAACACUGAGAAUGAGUAGAAGAAUUGCAGUGCAUCUCUCCCAUUUUCCUCGCACCUCCAACACAUGUGGUUUCUGGGGCCUUUUCUUUAUUGUUUUUCGACUGACGGUCUGGAGUCAUUGAAGUCUUCUGGACAUUUGCCUCUCUGUGGGAAUGCUGUCACGCCGGCAUCCUCUGCAUGUCUCCAGCUUUAUGGUGUUGCUGUGACCAAUAAUGUUUGAAUGCAGUGUGUACUCAGGAACCUGAUAGUGCUGGUAGGAUACUUGUUUGGGAUGACAUCAGGGGCAAAAGUGGAAAUGGUGAGAACACGCAGAAUGUUGUAGUGAUCUUGUCAAGAAGGCGAUUACUUUCUCCAUCACGUUCAAUACAGAUAUUGGGACCAGGAGCCCUUAGGUUAUGUCUGCAAUGCGAGACAUCCUGUUAUUCCUCUCAUGAUCCUUAGCUUACAGUACAGGCAGUGCUAUGAGAAUAAUAUGUACGUGAUUAAGCUCUUUUCUGUAGGCAUUGCACUCAAUAAUAUCUUCUUUUAUCCUUUCCAUUCUGCCGUCCACCCCACUCCUGGAAUGUUCUGUGCCUUCUUGCUGCAAAAUAUAUUUUGCUGUCGUUGUGUCAUCAUUAAACGACUCCUUUCUCAAGUUGCUGCCUUUCUUCGAAGCUUUACUGAGCUUUCUUUUGUGGGUGUUUCCUUAUUUUUGUUUCUGCUCAUCCUUUCCUUUCCUUGGAUUUCUAUCUGGCAUAUUGAUUUUAGUGGGCUGCAAACACCUGAGUCAGCCACUACCACAGAGUAGUAGAUAAUUGUUCCCCUUUACAAUUCACGGAAUAACACUUGGCAACUGGAGCACCCUGGGAGUAGGAAAUACAUGGGUGUAUUUUUGCUGCUCAUCUAUGUUCUAAUGUUUAUCCCGUUCACUAAGAGAAACAAUUCUGAAAGAAGGAUUUAACAGGGGUGUGUUCACUGUCCUAAGACUGGAACUUGUUAUCUCCAUAGUUCAUAAGACCGGCAGCAUAUACUGAUACUGCUGUUCCAGACAAUAAUAGCUUGCCGUGUUCUCCUGAAGCACUGAGUAUCUGUCGCUCCCAAAGGUGUAUGAAAACACAGAGUAUAACCAAGACUUGCCUCAAAGAAACUGGUGUACAUGGUGGAUUCAAUGCUUCCUUUCUACAGUAGCUCACCUUCUGAAGUCCUUUGAGACUGCAGCUUGUCAGAUCUCCUAAAAGUAAAAGACCUGUGGAAGUCAGUACUAGUGGAUGCUCUCAGAAGAUAUCAGACGUAGUCAACAUAUACUGUACCGUGUACCUGCCUGAACUCGUCUGUACCCCGGUGUACACACCCUGCGUGCUCCUUCACCGCUCCAUUGCACGUUCCCCACCCAGACUCCUUGUCGUUACCAAAGUCGUUUGACCUCCCUUUCCCAGGGGACGAGAAAACUCGCAAAAACCAAAAGUGAAUCUCAUAUCCACAAAGCAGCACGUCUCCAUCGCGCUGCCCAGUAACAUAGGGCGCCGUUUCAGACUCCACUGCUGACAGUGUGGCUGGAUUCGGUGCAGAUUGGUGGGUAGUGACAGAGGGGUGAAUGUGAUGUAUCAGAAUGCGGUGCACAUUUUCCAAAUCGGAGGUACUGCCACCUCAUUCAGGAGACCAUUCCUAGAGUGUGUGCCUGAGUAUUGCUGGCUGACUGCUGGAAUUCCCUACUUUGGGAGAAGAGUGAGCUCCAAGCUGUGGAUGGAGUAAGAGGCUGGAACAGCAAAAUGGCUGCUUGGGCUGCUUGCUAAGUUCCAGGUUGUGAAGUCUACAUGCAUACCACACAGACACCACUUGACCUAGGCAGGGAAUCACCGCUGUGCUCUUCCCAGGGUACGCCACUGUCUUGAGAGGGGAGAUAAACCACUGUAUGUUCAUAGACGGCAGCCUAUCCUUAGGCCUUGAAAGAAUGGGUGAAGUGUGAGAAAGCAAGCUGGAGCAUGGUUCCCAGCGGUGUGUGGAGCCCUUGGUGUCAGUACGAGAGGACAGAGGCAAUGCAGUCAGUGAAUGCUGCCCCAGCCUAGAACUGUGCUCUAAAAAACCAAAACCCCCUCUUGUUUAUGGAAGAUGUGUGUUUCUCCACACCACAGCCAAGGAUGGCCGUGUGGCUUGUCAAGUGGUACCCAGGACUGAGUUUGUGCAGGGCUCUGAGGCUGCAAAGUCUUUAUACGUCCUUGGGGAAGAGUCAGGGCUGGCAUCGCCAGAAACUGAGAUCACCAGUGUCCUUUAUUGCUAGGUCCACGUGCUCAUGACCACAAUAAUGUAGCAAUGGGGUGGGAAACAGGAACAAGUACAGUGGGGCCUGUGCCUAAACUCAACGGCUGCAAAGCAUUGCGAGAAAUGCCAUUUGGAGUCACUGCACUGAGAAGGACGGAGAAGUUGAGGUGUGGAAGAGAUGAAAAUGGAGUCAUGUGUGUCUAUGGCUGUGCUGAGAGAGCUACCUGUACGUCCUUCUGACUGAAUGGUCUGCCUAAGAUGUGUUCCUCAGCCUGGAGUGACAGAAGAGUGAAUUUUGUGUAUCAGAAAGCAGCAUGUGUUUACACAAUUGGAAGUAGGGCUCGUUGAACCCAGAGGCCUCUCCUAGGCCUUCUGGAGAGACAUUCACUGCUUGCUGGAAUACCCUUGAUGUGGGACAAGUGAGUUCAGCUCCAAAAUAGGCCUCUACUCCAAACAGACACCUCUUUGUCAAAUGUGGCGAAUCACCCUUGUGCUCAAACAAAGUGUCUUCUGCUGUCUCUUAAAUGGAAAUGCAGUAUCAUUUCUUUAGAGAUUACAGCCUACUUGUAGGCCAGACAAGUAUGGGUGAAGUGCUAGAAACCUUGCUAGAGCACGGCAGGUUAGAGGACCAUCGUCAUCGUUAUGCCAGGACAUCUACUAGGGGAAGUUAAAUGCUUUGACGGUGACUCCCUUCAGGGCCUCUCUUACUCCCUGAAGGCUGACAGACUGUAGAUUAGAGUUUGGCCUUGAAAGCGAGUCACCUUACAGAGGAGAUGUGUUCCAGUCCUGCAUCACUUAUAGCCUGUGCAGGCCGUGGGAGUGGAGUGUCAGUUCCGCCCGUUCAGGGAGGCUGCAAACACUGAGGAAGCCCUUGAGCAUUCGCCUGUCCAUUUUCCCCAGGUGGUGUCCUUGGUGGAGCUAGUGAGAAGUAAAAGAAUGCUGCAGUGCUCCUGUUGAGGAAUUUAUCGUCUCUGAUGUUUGCAUAUGGAUUUUAGCACCGAGAGUGCAGAGGCCUCUUUGUUUCCGAAGAAAUUUAAAACAUGAAACGGUAGAGGCCGUGGUGAGAAGCCAGUGCCUGACCCGAAGAGCAUUUCCUCAGAUUUACAGGAAAUGGGGAAUCGAGGCAGGCUUUGGAGAGUACGUGUGCCUCUGUGAGAUAUACACGCCCAAAGGGAAUACAUAAUUCUUGCAGCACCUUCUCACGACACCACCUUCGGGGCAAAGGACAGAAACCGCAGCCCUGACUUACCGAAGCUGAUCCCAGAGAAUACGAGUGAUUGCUUCCCCGAGGAGACUUUCUGUGACAGCAGCGGCUGGCACACGGCAACGCCUCCCGGCUGCUACGCAGCAGCUCCUGGGUGAUGAGCUCCCCCGGGGAGAGCGCGGCCGGAGCACGGAGCUUUCCGCGGGGCCGUGGGCUGCGGCGGGCGAGCUGCAGUUGCGGCGCGGGGACUCCGGGUGCCGCUGUUGCCCGAUGCGGCUGCCGCAGCCGCAGCCGCCGCAGCCUCCCGCGGGGCGGCUGCUGGCUCGCACAGCGCCGGGCGGGCGGGCACCGGCACAGGCAGAAACAGCCGCUGAGAGGGCGAGCAGGACCGAGCGGCCGGCGCGAGAGGCGGCGAGCGGUCUAGCCCAGCCGUCCCGCCCGCGCUUCUCACCCCGCCAGAGGGUAUUUUGCGAGUACUAAGCGCAGGCGAGGUGCCGGACUCUCUGCGCAGAGAAAGGAGAGCACGAAGCAGGUUCGCGGGGAUCAGCAGCGGCCGAGGCGGCCCCGGCACCGCCGCCCCGCGCUGGGGUGCCCGCGUGUGCCGGACGGGCACGGAAUGCACGGAAGGGGCGGGAGGACGGAGCGCAGCGCGGACCGCUGAAGAUGGAAAGCCGGCACAGCGAAAGCCGCUGCGUCGGAGCCGCGGCAGUGCUGCUGUGCGCUUGGCUGCUCUGCUGGGGCUGCCGGGCGGCGCCGGAGCGGCUGCGCUACGCCAUUCCCGAGGAAACGGGCAGCGGCUCCGUGGUGGGGCCGCUGGCGCGAGACCUGGGGCUGAGCCCGGCAGAGCUGCCGGCACGCCAGCUGCGGAUCAGCUCGGAGAAGCACUACUUCGCCGUGAGCGCGGAGAACGGGCACCUGUACGUGAGCGAGCGGCUGGACCGGGAGGAGAUGUGCGGCGACUCUGCGUCCUGCUCCGUCAGUUUCGAGGCGGUGGUGCAGAACCCGCUCAACGUUUUCCACGUCGACGUGGCCAUCCAGGACAUCAACGACAACUCCCCGGUCUUCAGCAAGGCUGCUCUCGACCUGGAGAUCGCGGAAUGGCUCCUUCCUGGUGCGCGAUUUCCGCUGGAGAUGGCGCAAGAUCCGGAUGUGGGAAGCAACUCGCUGCUCAGCUACCAGCUCACGGAAAACCCGUCCUUCAGCCUGGCAGUGAAGGAGAGCCCGGAUGGAAGCAGGCAGCCCGAACUGGUGUUAGAAGCAGCUUUGGAUCGUGAGCAGCAGAGCUCCUUCCAGAUGGUGCUGACGGCGGUGGACGGUGGGGCUCCAGCGAGGUCUGGCACCGUGCAGAUUCGCAUCAACGUGACGGACGCCAAUGACAACGCGCCCGUGUUCAGCCGAAGCGCCUACGAGGCGCGAGUGCGGGAGAAUCUGCCGGCGGGGUCGCUGGUGCUGCAGGUCCGAGCCACGGAUGCGGAUGCGGGCUCCAACGGCCGAGUCUCCUACUCCUUCAGCAACGUGCCGCAGGCUGUGCGCGCUGUCUUCAGCGUAGACAGCGACAGCGGCGACAUCCGCAAUGAGGCGAUUCUGGAUUUCGAGGAGAGGAAUGAGUACACCUUCGGGGUGGAAGCGAGGGACGGCGGCGGGCUCAGCGGUCACUGCAAGGUCCGCGUCGAGAUCACAGACGAGAACGACAACGCGCCCGAGAUAACGACGUUGUCGGUGUGGAGCCCGGUGCCCGAGGACGCCCCGCCCGGCACCGUCGUGGCCCUCAUCAAGGUGCGAGACCGGGACUCUGGCGACAACGGGAAGGUGCGGUGCGAGCUGGACGGCGAGUCGCCGUUCGCCGUGGUGGCGUCGUCGGGCAGCUCGUACAAGGUGGUGACGGCGAGCUUGCUGGACAGGGAGCGGGCGGCCGAGCACAACGUGACGGUGGUCGCCAGCGACCGCGGCAGCCCGGCGCUGUCCAGCCGCAGCGCGCUGGCGCUGGCCGUGUCGGACGUGAACGACAACGCGCCCGUGUUCGAGGAAGCCGCCUACAGCGCCUACGUGGCGGAGAACAACGCGGCGGGCGCGGCGGUGCUGCGCGUGCGCGCGCGGGACGCGGACGCGGGCGCCAACGGGCGCGUGAGCUACUGGCUGGUGGGCGGCAGCGCGGGCGAGGCGGCGGCGUCCUACGUGUCGGUGGAGGCGCGGAGCGGCGCGCUGUACGCGCAGCGCUCCUUCGACUACGAGCAGUGCCGCGAGUUCGCCGUGGAGGUGAGGGCGCAGGACGGCGGGUCGCCGGCGCGGAGCUCGACGGCGACGGUGCGCGUCUUCGUGGUGGACCGCAACGACAACGCGCCGCAGGUGCUGUGGCCGGCGGCGUCGGCGUCGAGCCCCGGCGCGGGCCCGUUCGAGGUGGUGCCGCGGUCGGCCGAGGCCGGCUACCUGGUGGCCAAGGUGGUGGCGGUGGACGCGGACUCGGGGCGCAACGCCUGGCUGUCGUACGAGCUGGUGCAGGCGACGGAGCCGGCGCUGUUCCGGCUGGGGCUGCACAGCGGCGAGGUGCGCACGGCGCGCGCCGUGUCGGAGCGGGACGCGGCGAGGCAGCGGCUGGUGGUGGUGGUGAAGGACCACGGGCAGCCGGCGCUGUCGGCCACGGCCACGCUGCACGUGGUGCUGGCCGAGAGCUUGCAGGAGGCGCUGCCGGCGCUGAGCGAGCGGGCGGCGGGCGCCGAGGCGCCGGCGGAUUUGCAGUUCUACCUGGUGCUGGCGCUGGCGCUGCUCUCCGCCUUGUUCGUGCUGAGCGUGGCGCUGGCCGUGGCGGCGCGGGUGCGCCGCGCCGGGCCGCCCGCCGUCCUGCGCUGCCUGGGCGCCGAGCGCUUCUCCGUGGCCGGCCCCGCCUUCCCGGCCGACUUCUGCGAGGGCACCUUGCCCUACUCCUACAACCUCUGCGUGGCCCCGGGCCGCGCCGUCGCCGAGUGCGCUUUGCUGCCGGCCCCGCUGCCCGCCCGCGCCGUCGAGGAUCUUCUCAGCGGGGAGCCGCCCGCGAUGCUGACGCCGAGCAGCAGCCGUGCCCCGGCAGAGCCGCCGUCCGACGCCGACGCAGUGCAGCAAGCUCAGCCUAACACAGAUUGGCGUUUCUCUCAGACCCAGAGACCUGGAACUAGUGGAAGCUGCUGACGGGAACUCGACUCUGGGUGGAGGAACGGGCACCAUGGGCUUGAGCGCCAGGUACGGCCCCCAGUUCACCCUGCA